AUGCAGGUGCCACAGGAUGGAGAGGACUUUGCUGGCCAACCCUGGUACCACGGCCCACUGUCCCGCCAGAAGGCUGAGGCCCUCCUCCAGCAAGAUGGUGACUUCUUAGUUCGUGCAUCUAAGUCCCGUGGGGGCCACCCUGUGAUCUCCUGCCGUUGGCGGGGCUCAGUCCUACACUUCGAGGUGUUCCGUGUGGCCCUGCGCCCCCGGCCAGGCCGGCCCACAGCCCUCUUUCAGCUGGAGGAUGAGCGUUUCCCAAGCCUGCCUGCCCUGGUUCGCAGCUAUGUGACCGGCCAGCGUACACUGUCCCAGGCCACGGGAGCUGUGGCGUCCAGGCCAGUGACGCGGCAAGGGCCUAUUCGACGCAGCUUAAGUGAAGACACCCUUCCAGACGGCCCGGCUUGGACAGAGCCACUCAGGGCUAGGAAGCGGAGUGACAGUCAGCCCGCAGGCUUGGAGCAUAUGGGGCAGCCAACAGAAGACCACCCUGGUUCAGAAGCUUCCACUAUGCCUGCAUCUGCCCUGCCUCGGACAGGUAGUGACUCCGUGUUGCUAAAGGUGCCCGUUCCCCUGGGGUCCAUUGCUGACAGCCUCAGGGCCUCUGAUGGGCAGCUUCAUGCCAAGGCACCAGCCAAGCCACCUCGAACAUCCUCACUGAUGCUGCCUGAUGCCUCUGGACGCCCCCCAACCUACUGCGAGCUGGUGCCCCGAGUGCCCAGGGUCCAGGGAACACCUCCUGGCCACAGCUGCCCAGAGCCAGAGGCGCCAUGGUGGGAGGCUGAGGAGGAGGAGGAGGAGGAGGAGGAGAACAGAUGUUUUGCAAGACCGCAGGCAGAGGUCUCUUUCUGCCCACCUGACAACCCCUUCUGCCUGCUGGGCUCCCAGAAUCGGCCUCUGGAAACCGAAGUUCUGCAUACUCUCCAUGGCCUGUUCCUGGAGCACCAUCCUGGGAGCACCGCUCUCCACCUGCUGUUGGUGGAUUGCCAGGCGACUGGCCUCCUGGGAGUGACCAAGGCUCAGCGGGGCGCCAUGGGGGUCGCCUCUGGUCUGGAGCUGCUCACACUUCCCCAUGGGCAUCGCUUGAGGUUGGAACUGCUGGAGAGGCUCGAGACGCUGGCGCUGGCGGGGGCGCUGGCAGUGCUGGGCUGCGCAGGGCCGCUGGAGGAACGCGCGGCCGCCCUGAGGGGCCUGGUGGAGCUGGCCCUGGCGCUGCGUCCAGGGGCGGUGGGAGACCUGCCCGGACUGGCCGCGGUCAUGGGCGCCUUGCUCAUGCCCCAGGUGUCGCGGUUGGAACGCACGUGGCGCCAGCUGCGAAGGAGCCACACCGAGGCUGCGCUGGCCUUCGAGCAGGAACUGAAGCCACUGAUGCGGGCGCUGGAUGAGGGCGCCGGACCCUGCGACCCGGGGGAGGUGGCGCUGCCGUACGUGGCGCCCGCGGUGCGCCUGCUGGAGGGCGAGGAACUCCCCGGGCCCUUGGACGAGAGCUGCGAGCGGCUGCUGCGUACCCUACACCGGGCGCGUCUGCUGGCCCGGGACGCGCCCAGAUUCCGCGAGGCGGCGGCUCGGCGCCUGCGAGGAUUCCGGCCCCACCCGGAGCUGAGAGAGGCCCUGACCACUGGUUUCUUGAGGAGGCUGCUCUGGGGGAGCCGAGGAGCUGGGGCGCCGUGGGCCACACGUCUUGAGAAGUUCCAGCGCGUCCUCAGCGUCCUGUCGCAGCACCUGGAGCCUGACCAUUGAGAGCACAG